CCGUACUCUUCUUGAAUUGCCCUCUACCCACCAUUUGCUCUUAUUAACUGAGUGGUUGAGGACACCUGAGCGAGUAGCAAUAACAGGAGCUGACUUCGCUUGUUGCUGUGUCUCGCUCGAUAAUUGAAGAAGGCCAGGUCCAAGCUUGAGGUUGACAUGCUGGGCAGGGACUUGUUCACCAGGAAGGACGAUGGACAUCGUGGAAACUGGAAAAGGAAAAAAAGGCACACUAGCCUCCUGAACGUUGGACUCUCAAGCUGCUUUACAUGACAACUUGAUUGAUUUACUAUCCCGCGUCAUUUAUGGCUGCGACACCUUUGAUGAAUGAAUUUCCCGAGCUAGCUCACCUUACACGUGAAGAUCUCGAAGACAUCCUCAAUGAUCCCGCUUACUUCCAGAGCAUAUUCCAUUCCUUGCCUCAGGUCAAGGAGUUAUAUCAAGCUCAGGCGGAGCUAGGUAUGGCAAACGAAGCCAUCGCUCGAACAAAUCUAUCACUGCAGGACCGUCUGUAUGAGUUGCGGACUGAAACCAAAGAAGCCUUUGAUAACGCCAAGUCUAUGGAGUCUCGCUGGAAGGAUCUCGAGCGCGAACAACGAGAAGUCUAUCAACGGUUCAACCCUCAGUUUCUUUUACUUCGCCUUCGUCAUGCGACUACCGCACAAGAUGAUGCUUCAGAGGCUCUCGCAUCAUCAUUUGUGCAAUCCUCUCCUUUGCCUUCCUCGGGUAACGAUGCCUCAGAUGUGGAUGAAUUCAUUAGAGAAUUUAGAGAGCUUAGGAAAGUCUACCACAAACGAUUGAUGUGGGGAGAUAGGUGGGCUUCUGGACAGGUGCCUUGGGAGGAUGGUUGACUGGUUAUUUAUUUUACUGAUUUAUGCACGGAGCAUACACUGGUUAUAUCACUGUUGUUGCCACUGCUGCUUUUUGUGGGAAUCUGACUCUCGAUGGCGACCAUCCCAUGUGACACCAACCCAUGGAAUUUCAAGAUUUGACUAACAGCUUCUUGUACUCUUCAGCUACCUUAGACAAGGCCCCUGCCUAUCAUCCUGAGAGUGAUCGAGUCAGAUAUAUAGGAACACUAUGCUGCAUAUCAAAUCUCCAUCAGCCAUAAGCGCGCCUUC